AUUGUACACUGACAACAGGGAGGGUUUGGAAAACAUUCGACGACACAGUAGAUUUCCCUGACCAAUACGAUUAGACGGAUAGAUACUCGCGGAUGCAGGAGCCGAAUAAACAAAGACGUUAUACUAUAAAUUGACAAACGGCUUACCUACCCCAUGACAAAGCACAGAAAAUUCAAAGAAAUUUCAAGAACGCACUCUCCGUCAUACUUAACGUCGCCAGCACCAAACAAGCAUGGGCAUGGCUAUUGCCGGACAUACAUUAUAGAUGUGAUUACAGUACACCCGUGCACAGCAGAGAUGGCUUUCAGCGUUUCCACGGAUCUGGUCCAAGCAUUCGUCAUCCUCGUGUUCAUUGAUGCAUUGCGUACCGGCAUCGUCUACGGUGAUUAUGCGGACAUGGAGGGGCACAAUACCACACAGCAUCUGGAUGCGUCUGUUUUGAAAGGCCCUUUCAACUUCCACCACAUUGCCGACGCCGACAACCCUGGUCAAAGGUUGCUGGGAGGCAUUGCGAUGACAGCUGUGAUGUUCCUGGGCGUGGCCUUAAUGGGGGUGCUGUUCCUGGUGGUGAUACCCCGCUGCAAGAAAUGUCACGGCAAAGAAAGCAGCCAAUACGGCCCUCUCUAUAACGAGAACAUAACCGCCACCAUGAACUUAGUCAGUGUGAAGACUGUUUGACGUGUGCCUUAUAAACAUUGCACCAGAACUAUGCAGAACAUGCUCGCUCUUUCCAACAGGCACUUGAAACUAUUCUCAGCAAUACAUAUACAGUUCAACAUUCCAUGAUAGUCAUGUACGUGAAACUCCGUUAAUGCGUUGAUCGCAUGAAUAUAGAAUAUAUAUUGAUAUAAAAAUAUAAUGCCUAGGAGUGUGGAUAUAUUUGAUAUUAAAAGCCCCGAGGGUGCGAUGCCAUUUACUAUCAUUUUACUACUUUUGACAGUUUCUUUCCAGUAGUAGUUUAAAAAAACAGUGAUCUGCAACGCAUUGUGAUGCCAUUUUUCACCCUAGCGAUAUCUACUGUGGACGUCAGUUUGGGAUGAUGAGAACUUUUAUACCACAUGCGUACAUUGUACUACAGACAUUGAUAUGGCACUCCGUGUCUUCCAUGUCACCUUUGAUCUACGGAUUACUACUUGUAUUUUAGGUUUAGUGUGCUCAUCAAGUUCUAUAACUACAGUAAACUACGGUUAUAACGAACUCAAAGGGACUACUAUUUUUAGUUCGUUAUAACCGUAGUUCGUUAUAAGCAUAUAUACAGCAUAACUACAGCAAAUAGUCGGGACUAAAAAGUUAGUUCGUUAUAUCCGUCAGUUCGUUAUAAGCGUGUUCGUUAUAACCGGAGUUUACUGUAGUUUCAUUUUACAAUUAGGUCCCUGGUGAAUCCGAAUAUUUCUAGGAAUACUCAGAAGGGCGAGACGGCUGAGACUAAAAUAAAGUCACAGUGACAAGGCGGUCGUAUAUCCCAUAUUUCAUACAGACAUAUCAUGAUAGUAGCAUUACGUUUGGAGCAGGGUGUCAGGCUAUGUCAAAGCGCCACUUUCAUCUUAACAACAGUCUAUACUAUGGUUCAUGUGUACGUCAUACGAUUGCUUCAUUCUCACAGGGCAUCAGUCCCAAAUAGAUGAUAUUCGGUUGGUGCUGUAGGAGACUUAUGGUGCCCGGACAUCAUCUGAUAGUACCCGCGCAACGUGACAAUACAUUCACAGUACUCUUGGCAUUAUGAAUAUGACUUGAUGUGUCUGACCUUGUGAGCUUUGUGACCGCGUGUUUACGUGUUGACAACUUAUUAUGUUAAUGUUAUCAAUAUAUAUUCAACAUGUCGCGUAUGCUUUUGUUUUUGUGAUCGUAUUAUAUGUACACGAAAUAAACACAAAUUGAAAUGUUA